GACGUGAUAGGUUAAAGCUUAGGGUUAAAGGAAGGAAAAAUUUAAAAUCAAACAAUAAUUUCAGAUAAGUUUUGUUUAAUCUGGUCAUAAUAAGCCGAAAACCAGUGAAAAAGAAAAUUAGAAACCUUUAAAAUGUCACGUGAUAAUUAUAAUAGCCAUCAACAUCGUUCGCGAUCGCGAUCGUUUUCAGCAUACAGACGAGCAAUGAAUUCAAGGCACCCCCGGAUGCCAUCACCCGGCCCACCGCCCAAAUUCCGAAAACGCUCAGAAUCACCACUUUUACAAGUAGAAAGAUACAGAUAUAGUCGAAGCGCAUCUCCACCAAUGCUUAAGAAUGGUGGCGGACGAAACGGACACAGAAGUAGAUCACCAGAAAUUCAGCGUCGUCGACGACGAUCAGAAUCGCGAGCUCCUGAGCCUUCUCCAGUGCUUGGGGUUUUUGGAUUACAUGUGCGCACAACAGAAAAUGAAAUUCGCGAUAUAUUUGAGCGCUUUGGACCAGUUGAUAAAAUUCAUAUGGUUUAUGACGCCAAAUCCCGAGGGUUUAGAGGCUACUGCUUUAUCUACUAUACAAAGACUCGGGAUGCCACUGCAGCAUUAAAUGAAACGAAUGGAAUAGAAGUAAAGGAUCGACGAAUUCGUGUCGAUUAUUCAAAGACUAAACGUGCUCAUACGCCAACUCCUGGCUUUUAUCGGGGCAAACGAGGCCAACGCAAUCGUUCAUCUGAACGACAAAGACAGCCUCGUCGAGAUUUCUCACAUGCUAUAAAUGACAGAUUCAGAAGAGACGAGCCACCACGUCAUAGAUCUCGAGAUAGAAUGGAACGAUCCUUCCGUGACAUCAAUCGGGACCGUGAAAUGAGACACAGAUCUGAUGAACGUCGACGUCCAAUGGAGCGAGCAGUCCGACGAUCUCCUCCACGACGUGACAUAUUCCGUCGUCGUGAUAGAAGUUAAACCGUUUCUACUUCGCGCAAUUUCUCAAUAUUGAAGCUCAGAGAAAAAAAAAACUAAAAACAAAAAUAUUAAAAAAAUAAGAAAUUCUUCAGAAUACUUUAUAUAAGAAUUUACAAGUGAAAUCCAAAACAAAAAGCAUUUCUCCAAUUUUGAACACGACCAAUUUAUCUUUCUCAAGGAUUUACAUUCAUCAAAAUUUCAAUUUUUUUCUCUUUUUCAUUUUUUAUUAUCAUGAAAACAAAACUUAAUUGUUACAAUCUUCUCUUUCAUUCUUCUAGAUAAACAUUUUAAAGAAUCAUAAUUUCUUUAAAUUUCAAUUAAAACUGGCAAUAAUUGAAGAAAAGCGAUUAUAAAAUAGAAUUUUCAUUUUCUCUUAUGAUUAAUUUCGUGUUCAGGACUUCAAUUAAUAUGGAUAAUAAAGAAAAAUAUUUUUAAAUAAAUUUCAUUUGAAGUUUAGUUUUUGUUUGAUAAAUGAGAAUAAACGUUCUUGCAUAAUGUCAU